AACGAAUGAAAACUCGCAUGAUGAGUUUGAUCUUUCAUUCAACAUAUAUUUAGGAUUUAGCCAAAAAAAUAAUCAAAUUAUGUUAAAACUGUUAAGACUUCUAGUUUGUUUUGUAGUAUAGCAUAUAAUUAGGAUUAACAUACAUAUCUAAAGGAAGCAUAACGGUUCUUUAAACGAACAUUUUAAUAUUCACUUGAUGUAACUUUCUUACUUUAGUAUAUGCAUGAUUCCUCGUUUAUCAAGCUUUUAAUAAUAGAUUGUUGUAAUACAACAUUAUUUGUCAACAAUAGUGUUGCUAUGAGAAUGUCACAAUUAUCUUAUAGUACCAACAUUAACAUAACCUAAAUAAAAAUCUAUAGAUCUAUAUUUACGACGCUACACGGGUGUUUGAGGCUCAAAGUAUUGCGUACAUAAAAUUGCGCUUCAUUAUUUGUAAAAUCGAAUAUCUCACUGGAAAACACACGUUACUUUUAAACUAAUUUGUUAGAAACUAACGAACUAAAAUUAAGAAUAAUAAAUUCAUUGAUACUUUGUGUUAUCGUACAGAAGUUUUAUAUAUGGGAGUAAUCGAAUUGUUCAUAAUAAUUCGGUCCUCAACCUGUUAAUUUCAAAUGAAGUUCGAAAUACAAUAAGGAACUAGUUAUUCAUGCUGCAAAAAUAAUAAUUGUCGGUGAAAAGACAUGCAUCGGUUCGUUAAUGGAUAAAUUUGCUCUUCAAACUGACGUGAAGGUUAGCGUUUGCGAUUCUUAAGAAAAUUCCAGAUUUUGGCGAAUAUUCUGAAAACAUGGAUGUGGAAAGAGUUGCUGUACUUGCUAGUGUAGGAUUCGCGAUAGCGAUUGCAGCAUUUGUUUUAUGGGGUCCAUCUCCUAAGCCUAGAAAAAAAGGAAAAGUUAUUGGUAUCAAUAAUCUAGGAUAUACUUGUUUUUUGAAUUCUCUUUUACAAGCUCUAGCUGCAUGUCCAAUUUUUAUUGGAUGGUUGAAAAAACAGAGUGAGAAAAAUGGAAAAGUUAAUUUCAUUUCAUCGCUACUCUGUGUUUUUGAAAAAAUUAAUGGAUAUGCAGAUGAAUUAUAUGGUGAUGUAACACCAAUUGAAAUAAUUUCAUCGCUUGGUAAUCUAUGGAAGUUUGCACCUGGGCAUCAAGAUGCGCAUGAACUAUUUCAUAUUGUUCUAAGUGCAUUACAAGCAGAAAUUCAACCUGGAAGUAGGAAAGGUUGUUUGUCUGAUGCUUUACCGCAAAGUCCGACAUUAGCAACAGACGUACAAAAAUUAAGUGAUCCUUUAACAUUUAGAAGCGUAUCUUGUAACGAUAUUGUAUCUGCUAAUAAAAGUCCAAACAUUCCAAAUGGAUUUGAUAGAAAUUGUAAUAAUCAUGUUAUGUCUUCAACGGCAUCUGUUGCAAGUAUUCCAACAGUAUACAAUAAACCAGGUAUGAUCCUUGCCAGAUCUUCAGAAUUACUUUCAAACAAUAUGGCAGUUGGAGAUAGUAAGGAAUCAUUUAAACCAUGGAGCUCUUUAUGUGCUAUGCCUAUUUUUAAUGCUCCAUUAAUAUCAGUAGAAGUGCACCCAUUUUCAGGCUUAUUAACUAGUCAAUUACAAUGCAGUAGUUGCAAAUGGAAGUCUGCUGUUCGUUAUGAUAAACUUGAAACUGUCUCUUUGCCUCUACCUCCUUUGGGCCCACAUACUAAAUCACAUCACACUUUGGAAGAACUACUAACGCGUUUUGUAACCAGUGAGAUUGUUCAGGAUGUAUUGUGCAAUGGAUGUGGAAUGCGUUGUUUAGCUACUAAAACUUUAACUUUAGGGAAGCUUCCUAAGUGCUUAUGCUUACAUAUAUCAAGAACUACGUGGAGUUCUUCAGGAGUACCGAUUAAAAGAGAUGAUCCAGUAAAAUUUCCUGUAAUAUUGUCACUGGAUCCUUAUACUUUUACAGAAACGAAAAAGCGAAAUGCACGGGGUGAUCCUGAAGCAACGAUGUUGCUCGUUAAUCGAACGUCGUUACAAGAUAAACACAAAUAUCAGUUGCGUGCAAUCGUAGAACAUCGCGGGCCUGUUGAUUCUGGACAUUUCGUUUGCUAUAGACGAGGAAAUAAAGCUGAUCAAUGGUUAUACACUUCAGAUAACGUAGUUGAGAGCAUAUCCUUGAUCGAAGUCUUAUGUGCCACACCAUACCUUCUCUUUUACGAGCGUAUCAAUAGCAUAUAAGAAUAGGUAGUAAUGAAUUUUAGUAAUGACAACAAAUUUAGGAAUUACAGGCUCAGCACACUGGAAUAAUAUGAAAAUAAUGGAAUUGAAGAGACUGAGUUUUAAUAGUAGUUUUCAUAUAUUUCUGUUGCAAAGCAACUGGAAUAAUUCAAAUAAUUUGUUACAUAAACUUGAAUUUAUAUUAUUAGAUUCAGUGUUCCGUAGAAUAUUAUCAAUAAGUAAUGUUUUUAUGAGAAUGAUGUUUGAAGAACAAAAGUAAAAUGUUUUUUGACUUAUAAGCUUAACUUAAUAAUUUCCAGAAUUCAUUUAAUGGUACAUGACAUCUACUUGCAUACUUAAAGAAAUUUUGUUUACUUAAUUUGCACAAUUCGG